GCAAAAAAAAAAGAAAAAAGCGACCGCGCGCCCACGAACAAAUCAAUCCGCCGCCACGACCAUAUACACACGCGAAUACGUGAAAAGAAAAAAACAACAACGUAUAUUUACUUCCACUCGCGCUACGUUUCGAGAACGUUCCCCCGUAGCUGCAGCUCGCGCACAGAGCGGAAAAGAUGACGUCAAGCGCUCGAGCGUCACCUCGCCCUGUUCCCUAAAACGCGUUUAAAAAAAAAAACGGAUCUGGAACACACGCCGAUACCGCAAUUUAAAACAAAUACACACCUGCAGAUUUAGUACGAGACGUUCAAAAUGGAGGAAAAGCUAUUAGUAUGAGGCACGUCCUACCCCAGCUGAGCACGCGCAAACCUUUUUAAGCUCUGCAGGGAGCUCGCGCGAUCACGUGUCCAUGCUCGUGCCAAUGAGCGCGAGGUUCGCGUGUUUUUGCUCGGUUUUUCUUAGCGACGAACAGCGAUGUUUUCAAACCGAGUCGUAAUCUGGAGACGGACGUCACACGGUCGUAGGUUCGAGCGUCGUAUUCAACAAACCGUUUUCUCGUGAAGAGAUAAAACCCGUUUUUCUGUUCCCUCGCGCUGGAUUGAAGUGGAGCUCGAGCGGCAGAAGUGUUUACGGCCCAGGAUGAACCGAGUGAGCCUUAGCUGCCACAGCUAGUCAGAAGCUGCACCAUGGCCAAGCCGGGGACCGACAGAGAUGGAGCCAUGGUGGAAAAGACAACUGGGAAGAAGAGUAAAGAGAAAAUCUCCCCAUUUACCAAAACUCCGAAGUUGGACCGGAGUGAGAUUAUGGGGAAGGAGGGGAAGCCCAAGUCUUCCAUGAAACGCAAGCUCUCCUUCAGCGCCAGUCCGCCCCGUAACGGGGAACGGGACUCAGACACAGAUGACUCUGACCCCGGCCAGUCAAGCGAUAUGUGGGGGGAGAGAUUACUUCCUCCCUGCAGGAUAUACGCAGAUAAAGAUGGUCCUGAUAAAAAGAGGGUAAAAAAGGAGUCUGGGGGUAAAAAGUCCACCCCUGUGAAUAUUUUGUUUGGUUACCCGCUGUCGGAACGCAAGCAGAUGGCUCUGCUGAUGCAGAUGACCGCAAGAGACAACAGUCCAGACACCACACCAAGCCACCCCUCGCAAGCGCCGGCAGUGCAGAAGAAGACCCCGAAUAGCUCAACUUCGCGUCAGAAAGACAAGGUGAACAAGAGGAACGAGCGCGGAGAAACACCGCUUCACAUGGCUGCCAUCAGAGGAGACGUCAAACAAGUCAAGGAGCUGAUUGGACUAGGGGCGGAUGUAAACAUGAAAGAUUUCGCAGGAUGGACACCUCUACAUGAAGCCUGCAAUCUUGGUUACUAUGAUGUAGCGAAGGUUCUUAUUGGUGCAGGAGCUGAGGUGAACACGCAGGGAUUGGAUGAUGAUACCCCUCUUCACGAUGCCUCCAGCAGUGGACACAAAGAUAUUGUGAAGUUACUCUUGCAGCAUGGAGGAAAUGCAUUCCAGGCAAACAAGAGAGGCGAGCGGCCAGUGGAUGUUGCUGAUUCUCAGGAGGUUGAGCAGCUACUGAAGGGGGAGAUUCCAUUGUCUGACCCAGAUGACAGCUCUUCAGACUCUGAGGACCCUCCAUCAGUAAACCCCUCCAGUGUAGAUGAGAAUAUGGAGUACUCAGACACUGAAAAGGACUCUGACGGCAAAUCGACCACAGCAAAGGCAACGUCUUCAGUGUCUGGUGUGGAUGAGUACGAGUUCAAGGAUGAGGAAGAGGAGGAAGAUCUGAGCAAGGCCCUGAAUGACCGGCACAUCUUGAGACGAGAUGUGCGUCAGAAAGAGAAGGAGGAAAAGGAGGAAAACCAUUACACACCCAAACAGUCCAACAAGAGCGAUCAGACAGCGUCAUCGUGCAAAGUAAAAAAGCCCAAAUCAUCCCGAGUACUGUACUGCAGUUCAGAUAGUUCAGAUGAUGAAAUAGAGGCUUCAUCAGAACGAAAGUGUUCACCGACCAGGUCACUCUGCAACGAUACUCACAAAACAGAGAGCCGGACAAAAAGAGAAAGCUUAACUAUAACAUCGACAGAAAAAGGCAAGGCAAACAAGAAGAACAAAAGCAAAAACAAGGAAAAUCAAGAGGUUCAAGAGGACGGAAAAGAAAACAGCAAGACUCUUCUGUUUUCUACAGCCACGGUGUCUGACAAUUCUGAUAAAAGUGUUCGGGAGGAAGACUCUUUCAAAAUGUCCUUCAGCCCAAAGGACGAUUCAUCGGUGCACCUCUUUCAUUUGUCGGCUGUGAAAUCACCAAAGCUCGGUUACGGCCAAACUGACAAACAAAUGACUCCAUUAAAGCAGGAAAAUGCUAAGACUUUUGUCUCCAUUGGAGAUGGAUCCUGCCCUAUGGAUUGUGUCAAGUACAAUCACUACACAGAUUCUGACUAUACAGAAGGUUCCAGCAGUAAGAGCUGUAAGCACAAGGACAAGAGCAAACAUCACUAUAAGGAAAACAGCGUGGAUGGAGAUGACCGAAGCUCAAGCCCUUUCAAAGAUGCCAGUUUAAGCAAUAGUAUGGAUAGCGCUGAAGGAGUCUUUAGGAAGGCUGAAAAAGACGGCAAGGUUGUCAAGAAGCAUAAGCUAAAGCACAAGGAGAAGGACAAGUACAGGAAAGACUACGAGUCUGAGCGGAAUCGGCAUCGCCAGAAAGAACUAAGAAAAGACGGACAUAGGAACUUGGAGUUCGACCGAGAAUUUUGGAAAGAGAAUUUCUUCAAAAGCGAUGAGAGUGAAGAACUUAAAGGGAAAUGCGAGACACCAGGCAGUUGUUCUCCUCAGAAGUCCGUUGACUCAUCACCUGUUAAAGAAGAAAAGGCAACAUUAAAAGACAAACAUUCGGUUUGCAACAGCAACAAGGAGAGAAAACAAAAAGAUGAGCGAGAGAAAGACAAACUUGUAAAAAAAGAAAAGAAAGAGAUGGCAUAUAAAGAUGAAAGAGGAGGAAAGGAUGGGAAAGGGGCUGAAAAUGACGACCGGUCAGAAUGUCUUAACUUGUUGCGAAAGCCUGAAGACUCCAUUCCAAGUCUUUUUAUAAAAGAGGAGGUAGAAGACAAGCCUCUUACUGGAAAUCUGGUCGAUCACAAUCAGCUGGAGACUACAGAGAAGGGCUCUCGAGAGAAAAAUGAUAAACGGCUACCCACAAAAGACAGGGAAUCUGACAAAUGUGAGAAAAAGCAGGCAGAAAAAGAAAAGAAAGCCAAAUUGGAACAUUUGUCGGAUAAAUCUGACCUUCACAACUCUACAGAUCGAUGGAAAGAAAGGGACAGAUUAACAAUCGCGUCUAAUUUGUCUGGUGAGAGGAGUCACAAAGAAAAUGAAAAACUUAAACCGGUUUCCGUUACUAAAAAGUACGAAGAAAACAGAAAGAGUAAGGACAAGCUCGAGAGAAGAAGUGAGAAAGAACGGCAAGAGAAAGAGCAUUCGUCAAGCGAUCACCGGGACAAGGAUAGAACGAGUUCUGAAAAGAAAGGAAAGGCUCCUGAGAAGAACAGCGAUCAUGGCAAAAAUGAUCGGAUUAAAGAAAAGGAAAGAGAAAAAGACAAAGACUCUGACAAGAAGAAAAAAGAAAAAGCGAAAGAAUCCACUCUCUCGUCCUCAAGUUCAAACCUCAAAUCUCUUUUGGAAGAGAAAAAGGGUUACACCUCUGAGAGCAAUAAAGCAGUAACGUUAAAGUUAAAAGAAGAGGUUAUGAAAACCCCCGAGAAAGACCGGGACAGACGGGAGCGGGAUAGAGAUUUGGAAAGGCACCGGGACCGGGACCGAGAGCGGCACAAGGAAAAGGACAAGGAUAAAGAGAGGUCACAGCAGAAUAGGGAUAGCAAACUCUGUAAAGCAAGGCCUGUUGAGUCCGAAUCAGAGAGGUCCAAAUCCAAAGCAUCAACUACACAAAAGGAAACCCGUCCCAAAGAGAAACGAUUGGUUAACGAUGACCUCAUGCAGACCAGCUUUGAACGAAUGCUGAGCUUGAAAGAUCAGGAGAUUGAGCAGUGGCACAAGAAACACUUGGAAAAGAUCAAGCAAAAAGAAAGGGAACGGCUAAAGCAACGACCAGGAGCCGACUCUAUGAAGCAGAAAAACAAAGAUAAAGCAAAAAUUUCCACUUCUACCGAACCUCAUGCAAACAAAGAGCUCUUACGCUCCAAGAGCUCAGAAAUCCCAGAGACGUCCGGUCGUGAGAAGAUCUUAAAGGAUGCAGCCGGUGGAAGGACACUUUCACUAGAUGCAAAGAAUCUCUCAUGCUUUGGAAAGUCUGGUCCCGUAAUAGAAAACAGCCUUAGUCGAUCUCCAAGACCCGACAGUGAACGUUCUGGUAUCAUUUCAAGAUCAGUGUCUAUGAUCUCAGUAGCCAGUUCAGAGGAUUCUUGCCAGGCUAGCAUGUUAACUCCCAGGCCCGCAGAAUACGACUCGGAUCUCAAUUUGGAAGCAUCUGACUCCCAGCCGCCUUUCCUUCAGUCUUCCCUUAUAGUUCAGUCCUCCUCCAGAUCACCAAUUCUCAACGAUAAAGAAACCAGCAGUCUUCCUGACACAGCUUCUGGCAGUCGAACACCAUUGCCAAGUAAACUUGCGUCUCCUUACUUAAGAGCUGUCCUGGACGAGGAUGCUAAAGCUGUACUAUGUGAACCAGACAGACCAAUUGAAGAAUCUCCGAAAGUCGGUGAUGUAGCAUACUCCGGCGAGGAGCCUGGUAAAGUACACCAGACUGAACCCAGUGGAGCAGUCACACAGGAAAGUCUUACUAUUCACAGCUCAUUGUCAGUGCACCUCCCUUGCACUAUACCCGAAACCGAACAUUCUGUUGGGGUCGAGGAUGCGAGCAGCAGUUCAAGCAGCCAGUUUGCGUGUGUAUCGAACUCCAGAGAGACUUCAGUAAAAGAUAACGCAAGUCAACAAACUAGCCUUUCACAAGCCAGCAGUUUGCUGCCAAAUACAGCAGAGGUCAGCAAGCUAGACACCGAUACUUUAUCAGAGCAAAGUGGACAAAAUCAACUUGACAGUCCGGACACAGAAACGACCGAAGGCUCAAACAAAACUUCCUCGUUAACAUAUGUGGCUCAGGUGGCACAGGCUGCCUCCUCACAGCCAGAGCAAAGCUCCACUAAAACACCUACGCAUUCAGUUAACCUCACAUGGGAUCCUCUGUCUGAUCCCAAUAAUGACCAGCUACCAAGGAUAGACAUAGAGUUGAGACUAGAGAAAAGAACAAGAAGUUUAUCGAUGGGUCCUGAAAUCAUAAUGGAGGCCAGGUGCAUGGAGAAUGUUUCUGCUGGAAAUGCAAUGGAUUGGACAGCUAGCCAAGCUCCAUCUGUUAGCUCUUGUAGGAGCAGUUCUGAGGAGUCUACUAAAACACCGCCAUGUACAGUCAGUGUGCUCCGAGAUUCUCAGCAGGUUGCAGAAAGGAUUUCACCAGACGACUGCAGGUCAAGUCACUCCAGCGAGAAUGUAGGUGCAGCCGAUGCACAGUUGGAGAUGAAGGAUUUUAGUUUGCCUGUCCCUUCGAUUUCAAAUGUCCUUCACUGUUCUAGUCCUGAACAGAUAUCUGAAGAGCCAAUGGAAGUAUCAGGGGAAGAACCAGACCAUAGCCAGGUCAAUGCUGAGACGCAAGUAGAGAAAGUGGUGGCUGCAGAGGAUGCGGCUCAGACCCAGCCUCUCCAAGACAGUAAAGCAGAUGUUGAUGCAGAGAUGCGAGACCAACUUGAUGGUGAAGAGAAAUCUGCAAAACCAGGUACUCCAUCAGAUGGAGAGCAGAAUCUUGGCUGCACCGGAGUUCAACUCGAUUCUCAAUCAGAACUAACCAGUGGAGCAACAUCUGGAAGCUCUUCUCCACUGUCAGUGGUAGAUCGAGACAGUGAUCCAACUGGAGCCAGGACAAAAGUGAAAACUCUGGAUGAUGAUGUUGACAUCCAGGUCACGCAUCCAAGAAAACGGAAGAUGCACAGAGCUUCUCCUUCAACGCAAGCCAGUCUUUCAGCUCAGCAGAUUAAAGAAAAGGCCCAACAGUCUCUGGCUGCAAUCGUGGACUCCCUUAAGCUUGAGGAAAUUCAGCCCUACCAGACCGAAAGGUCAAAUCCUUAUUACGAGUUCCUGCAUAUCCGCAAAAAGAUUGAGGAGAAGAGGAAGGUGCUGUUUAGUGUCAUUCCUCAAGCACCACAAUACUAUGAUGAGUAUGUUACAUUUAAUGGGUCCUACCUGCUUGAUGGGAAUCCUCUGAGUAAGCUCUGUAUUCCAACGAUUGCACCACCACCCUCACUACCUGAACCGCUAAAAGAGAUGUUCAAACAGCAAGAGGUUGUGCGCAUGAAACUGCGCUUGCAGCACAGCAUUGAACGGGAGAAGUUGAUUGUGUCCAAUGAGCAAGAAGUCCUACGUGUCCAUUAUCGUGCUGCAAGAACGUUAGCCAAUCAAACACUACCCUUCAGUGCUUGCACGGUCUUGUUGGAUGCAGAAGUAUACAACAUGCCCCAGGAUGUACAGGGAGAUGAUGGGAAAACCUCAGUGAGAGAUCGGUUUAAUGCAAGACAGUUCAUGUCUUGGCUUCAGGAUGUGGAUGACAAAUUCGACAAGUUAAAGACGUGUCUCCUGAUGAGGCAGCAGCACGAGGCAGCGGCUCUUAAUGCCGUUCAGCGAUUAGAGUGGCAGCUGAAGCUACAGGAGCUGGACCCUGCCACCUACAAAUCAACCAGCAUCUUCGAAAUCCCAGAGUUUCACAUCCCCCUUGUCGAGGUCAACGAUGACUUUGACCUCACCCCAAUAUAACAGCAGCGAGCCGGGGCCUAGAUCCAAAUGAACUGACAAGGCUCAUCUCUCCAGGGCUCGAGAGUAGGAGAGAAACACCAAAAGCACUUGUUUUGGGCAAGC